AGUGUAGUGUGAGGAGUGUUGGUGGAGCCUCGGGCGGCACAGGUUGGCACUCACAGGCACGUAAAGCUCAUCCUGGAUUCCCUGGACACUGCUGCAUCACUUAUGUGAUUCCCACUUUGAGAUGUGAUUCACAAAGGACCACGUGCAAAAGGACUCAGCCUAUGUCACCAAGUCAAAGGAGUCAAAGUAUUAAGAAACUGUUGUUCCCUGGGUGCAGAUAUGCCAGCUCAUCCCGUGUAUGCUAUUGGGGGUCUGUAUCCCAGACGUCGUCAGCAAGCCUGGAAAGACCAUGACAAAAACCUCAUGUCUGGGGUAGUGAGCACUGUGGUGAUAGUGGUUGUGUGCGCGUGUAUGAGCCAGCCACAGUGGUUCUGGCUCGAUGGUGGGGGCUGCAGUACUCACAACAUUGGCCUGUAUAUCUUCUUCCACGCAGGACAUUUCCAGCCGGUUGAAGGGAAGGACGUCACCUCAUCCAUGUCACAUGUCAUAUAUUACACAAAUGGUGAAGAACUAAAGUUUUGUGUGACACCAGAAAUUGUGGCACUGAUGCGUAUUGUCAUAGGCCUGAUAUUUGUGAUCAUUUGCUCUUCGCUGGUCCAGAUGUUGCUUGAUAUCAGUGGCCCCUCGGGUAGUAUCUUGAAGUGCUUCAGAAAAAAUGCUGUAGCAGGCAUAUUUUCUGUGUUGGUUUCACUAAUGUCUUUUUACAUGAUUUUCUUAGGUGGUAUGUCAGUUCUAGCUGUGGGUUGUAGCUGGCUCCGCCCAGCACAUCUGUUCCCUGAAGCAGAUUCUGCUCCUUUGAUGGAAGACUGGGGAGGCCUUGAAGGAUUAGAAACUUUCUCAGUCCCACCUGGCAGUUCAUUGUCUUCUCACAUUCCAUACUUAAGUGACCUCGAGCCUCCACCACCUGUGGAGGGGCAUCCUCCUCCUCCGUACACUCCAUAAUUGACUUGCGACUUGUACUGAAGAAUGUGUUUAUAUUGAGAGUAGAAGGGUAUAGCAUAUUAGCAUACUGUAAACAAACCAUUAUACCAGCCUUAAUGAAAAUGCAAUAUAUAAUGUACAUAGUAACAGAACAUGUAACACAAACUACUAUGAAUGAGCACGCUGUGAUUUUAAGGAUAUUUCUUGCUUCCUAUAAGUGACACUAGUUCUUAAAUAUUAGCAUGUGAAGAUCAAUAACUAGCAUAUGCUUGCAUGCAAGUAUUGUGGUCAUUGCAGAUUUCAAGGUGUUACAGCAAGCAUAAUAUUUUAUUUAAAACAAAUAGACUAAUCACUGAAAUUUCAUGAUUGUACGUCUUUCUCACUGUUAUCACUUUUAUUAUAUUCCAGGAAUUGAUUUUCCAUCUCAAGAUGUUCAUCUGUUAUUUUUAUUUAAAGAGAUUUCUUUUGAUAUCUAGCUAUAUGUAUGUAUGCUUCUGUAUAUGCACGCAUGUAUUUGUAUAUGUGUGUGAGAGAAUGAGGC